AUGCAGGCACGUGGAACAGUGAAGGUUCAAGGGGAUGCAAACGUGGAUGGUAAGAUGUCUACUGGACAGCAUCCACAUCAUCAACAUUUAAAUUCCACUCAAGCCAAUGCCACUACAACGGCUUUGGAAUAUCGUGCGAUGAAUCGUCCUCUUUAUCGUGGUCCGAUUUCACAUAAUAUUAUUUCAGAAAUGGCAGAAGGGUUUUAUGUAUUAAGUGGUGGUUAUAAAAAGUUAUUUAUUCCAUCUAAAGAUGUCUAUGCACUUAUGCAGAAUGUUGGUAUGCAUUUAACGGAAGAAGAAUUUCAUGAUGCCCUUCGGGUAAUUGGCCAAAGUGAACCACAAAAUGCGGAUGAACUAAGUUUUUCGGAUUUCCUUUUAUUAAUGACACGGGAAGUAGAUGAUACGAUGGCAGAUGAAUUACGUUCUGCUUUUUUUCAUUAUGAUAAACAUAAAACCGGAUAUGUUACACGGAAACAAUUUACAGAAUUAUUUGCCACGCUUGGCGAGCGAUCCACACCGGAAGAAUUGGAAGAACUUCUUGCCGUUGCUGAAGUGGAUGAAACGGAUGAUAAAAUUGACUACAACCGAUUUGUGAAUGAAUUAACAUCACGUGUGAAUUGUAUGUAA